AUGGACGACAAACUGAAGAAAACCGAUGAUACAGUAAUAACCAAGCUCUAUUACCUGACACCUCUCGAGGAAUACAAGACGACCAAGCCGUACUAUGUGAACUGGCCAGUGGAUGAUAUAUCCGGAGCCAGGCAGACGAAUCUGUCACACACCGCGUACGAGGAUAUCAAGAUUGAAGAUAUCCGGGGCGCCGAAUCGUCGCUCUGCAUCGACGUUGAAGGGUUCCAGCUGGCGAAGCAUGCAACCCACAUGCGGAAUGAAGAGUUUGAAAAGGAUAUUAUCGUCCGACAAAAGUACUAUCCGGAAAUCAGAGAAUUUGUAAAGGAAACCCUCAACGCUUCGCGCGUGUUUAUUUUCGAGCAUACGGUAUGUCCGGUAAACUGA